AUGGCAUGUGGUCGACUUUUGCGGGGCUUGAACGGGUUUUCGAAAUGCUUGUGCUGCCAGGAUCCGGACGUCAAGCUUCCGUGGAUCCAUCGCGUGAAGUGUGAACUUCCACGCCGUGUGGGACGGCUUGCUGGCGACUUGCCCGUGAGGGCCAGUUACAUAGGCUUCGCCACAGAUUCUGCCGAAGAGGCCUUUGAGUUGUUCAAAGAAGCAAUGAGCGAAAUUGGGGUCGUUUUGUGCCGGCACAUCCACCAUCCUCCGAACAGGUUCGAGUUGGCGCAUCUGGAGCAGUCUGACUUAAUCCUCGUGGAUGGAGGGGACCGCCGUCGGCUCUGGGACACUCUUAGCACGGACCUUGGGGCAAGCGAGGUGGCCGAGCAUGUGAAGUGGCGGUACCUCCAAGGUGCCGUGGUGCUUGCCAUCGGGGAAGCCAUGUCUCUCCUCGGUCAGAAAAGUUGGUAUUGUUCCGGAACACAGCAAACUAUCAUUCCCUUCAAGGGCUGGGGAAUCUUCCCCCACAUCGUGGCGCCCGAGACGGAGGAAACGGACCUCGAAGACUUGGUGGAGCAAUUAGGCGGGGCUGGGGUGGUCAUCCUCGGCGUUCAUAAAGGGGCCGGCAUGAUCUUCAACAAGGAUGGGCUUGUGGAGCCCGCGCGGCACAUGAUUCAGGAGUACCGCUGGGACUGGCAGUCCUCCAGCGUGAAGCAGGCGUUGCUUCUGGGACCUCCCAGGAAUACUGGUCUCCUGUGUCCGCUCUAUGCUGCGAGCCGCGAUCUCGCCGAUGCGACAGAACUUGAGGAUGUGUACUCGUAUGCCCUCACUCAAGAAGAGGAGGAAGACGAGGAUCACUUAAUGUCAAAGUUUGAUCCCAGCGACAGCUGGCUCGAUAUGGAUUCGCGGAAUGAGGUGGAGAGUCUCAAGAAGCAGGGGAACGAAGCUUUCAAGGCCGGCAAGGCAGACCUCUCCGGCCUUUUCUACUCCAAGGCCCAGGUGCUUCUCCGAAGCUCUGCGAAGCCAUGGCGAAACCUGGAUGAGGAGUGGAGGAAGCGCCUUGAGGAGAUUCGAAAGGCCAAGAGAGUGGAGCCAACUGGCGACAAGAAGGUGGGCGCAAGCACAGAGCUGGCAAGUUUGGAAAAUUACCAGGCCGCCAACUUGCAGCUUUCCAUCCUGCUGAAUCUGUGUGCCAGCAGCCUCCUUGCUUACAGCCAGGACGUGGCUCGAAAUGAGGAGAAGCACUCCCAGGAGGAGCCUGACCGUCCCGUUGCUCCUGCUUCGGCCGAGCAGAUGCUUGUGGAGGUAAAGGAUAACUUGGUCAUUGCUUUCAGGGCGGCCAAUGAGGCACUUCGCCUCAGUCAGGGCACCUCUGCGAAGGCUUGGUUUCGCAGGGCGGCCGCCUUUGAGCAAAUGCGAGAUCCGCGCAAUGCCCUGCGGGAUUUGGAGGAGGCGCUGUUUCGGGAGCCCGGAGACAGAGCCAUUUCCCGAAAACGGAACGAGAUGCAAGAGCUGGCUAGCAAAGUUGCCGAAAACAUGUUCUACGCCCGACACAAGGAGCUUGAUGCCCAAGAGCAGCGCUUGCAAUUGGGCCAACGUCGGGCGCUGCAUCUUCGCGGGUACCUGAAUGCAGACUCCUACAACGAUGAAGCUAAAGAGUUUGCUGUGGCGCAGCCGGUCGCACGGGAAGUUCACAGCACAUUGGAGGAGGUCGACGGCAGACCGCAGUUGCGACUGCCAACGCCGCCCGAGGCUGCCAAAGAUGCGCCAUACCUCCUCAACCACGCCCUGUGGACGUGGGAGUUUCUGGUACAACGCAGCCCUGGUUUGCGAAUUCUUCGCAUCGAGGACGUGGACCUCGGAUCGGGGCCUUUGGAAUGGCUUUGCAAAGGAUUGCGCAGCCACAAGGAGAUCCAGGCGUUGCAGUUGACGGGCGUCCACUUGGGGCCCGCUGGCUCCAAGAUGUUGCGGAACGUCCUGGCACAGAACACGUCGCUGAUUGACAUUCAAUUGGAUCGGUGUGGUCUGCUGGACUCCGGACUGGCCGAGAUAUCAGCUGGUCUAAAGGACCAUUCCGGUCCGCUGGAGUUUCUGUCCCUGCGGCAGAACAUGUUUACUUCCAGAAAGCUGAGCAAGCUGGCUGAUGUAUUCUGCGGCGAUUGCAGCCUGGGGCUAGGAGAGCUGGAUUUGUCUGGGAAUCCUUUUGGAGUGGCUGGAGCAAAGGAGCUGGCAAAGAUUCUGAGCUCCGGCUCGCACCAGCUCAGAGUGCUCCGCCUCCAGGACUGUCUCCUGGAUUUGGCUGCUUUUUGGAGACUUGUCGCAAAUCUCGACAAUGGCCGGGCACUGGCCCAACUGGACUUGCGUGUGAAUCCGAUUGGCCGUGGCACUCGACGGUGCUGGCGUAGCACCAUGGCUCCCAACAUCCGCUGCGAGGUCGUGCUCUCGGAUCAUCCGCUGAAGGCGCGCUGCGAGCGGGAACAAAGUGGCAGCAACGAGACUUCAGCCUAUCCGCUUCCACGGUGGUGGGUGUAA